AUGGCCAUCAAGAAGAUCCACGCUCGUUCCGUCUACGACUCUCGUGGCAACCCCACUGUCGAGGUCGACGUCGUUACUGACACCGGUCUCCACCGUGCCAUUGUCCCCUCGGGUGCUUCCACCGGUCAGCACGAGGCCUGCGAGCUCCGUGACGGUGACAAGUCCAAGUGGGCUGGCAAGGGUGUCACCAAGGCUGUUGACAACGUCAACUCCGUCAUUGCCCCUGCCAUCAUCAAGGAGAACAUUGAUGUCAAGGACCAGAGCAAGGUCGACAAGUUCCUCAUUGACCUUGAUGGAACCCCCAACAAGACCAAGCUUGGUGCCAACGCCAUUCUCGGUGUCUCUUUGGCCAUUGCCAAGGCUGGUGCUGCUGAGAAGGGUGUUCCUCUGUACGCUCACAUCUCCGACCUCGCCGGUACCAAGAAGCCCUAUGUCCUGCCCGUUCCUUUCAUGAACGUCCUGAACGGUGGUUCCCACGCUGGUGGUCGCCUGGCCUUCCAGGAGUUCAUGAUCGUCCCCUCUGCCGCUCCCAGCUUCACCGAGGCCAUGCGCCAAGGUGCUGAGGUCUACCAGAACCUCAAGUCUCUGGCCAAGAAGAAGUACGGUCAGUCUGCUGGCAACGUUGGUGACGAGGGUGGUGUUGCCCCUGAUAUCCAGACUGCCGAGGAGGCUCUUGAGCUUAUCACCGAGGCCAUUGAGUCGGCCGGUUACACUGGCAAGAUCAAGAUCGCCAUGGACGUUGCCUCCAGCGAGUUCUACAAGGAGGAUGCCAAGAAGUACGACUUGGACUUCAAGAACCCCGACAGCGACCCUGAGAAGUGGAUCACCUACGAGCAGCUUGCUCAACAGUACAAGGACCUUGCUGCCAAGUACCCCAUUGUCUCCAUUGAGGACCCCUUCGCCGAGGAUGACUGGGAGGCCUGGAGCUACUUCUACAAGACCUCUGACUUCCAGAUUGUCGGUGAUGACUUGACUGUCACCAACCCCAUCCGCAUCAAGAGGGCCAUUGACCAGAAGGCUGCCAACGCGCUGCUUCUCAAGGUCAACCAGAUCGGUACCUUGACUGAGUCGAUCCAGGCUGCCAAGGACUCAUACGCUGGUGGCUGGGGCUGCAUGGUGUCUCACCGAUCUGGUGAGACGGAGGAUGUCACGAUUGCCGACAUCGUUGUUGGUAUCCGAGCCGGCCAGAUCAAGACUGGUGCCCCGGCCCGUUCCGAGCGUCUUGCCAAGCUCAACCAGAUCCUGCGCAUUGAGGAGGAGCUGGGUGACAAGGCUAUCUACGCCGGCGAGAACUUCCGCAACGCUGUGAACUUGUAA